AAUGUGUCUGAAUAACAACUUUACAAGUGCUCACGUUUUUUAUCCUCUCAACUCUCAAGUCUCUCCGCUGCCAUGGAAACCGAUAGAAGCCGAUAACCGCUCUCUCUACGGUUAUAACCGCCGAGCAAACGAAAAAUGCAACUACCAUCCACCGCGACGCCGCUAAUCUCUGCUCGCCGGUGAAACUCUCUCUGAAGAACUCUCCACAUCUUCAACUGUUUUGCUUUCACUUCACGUGUGUUAAUUGAUUGUUGUUCUCGAUCGGAUCGAUUUAAUCUCACCGGUGAUGUUAAUGUAGAAGUAGUAGUAUUAGUUGACUUGAAUAAUUAAUUAAAGUGAUAGAUAGCAAAAGUAGAAAGAAAUUAAAGACGGUUGAAAUUGAAUAAUAAUAACUUGAAGAUUAAGCGCCAUGUUAGAUCUUAAUCUGAAUGCUGAGUCGACUCACAACGAUGACUCGUUUCUCGAAGAAGCUGUUUCUUCCGGAACCUCGAAUUCCUCCAUCGUGAAUGCGGAGGGGUCGAGUAACGGGGUAGGCGAUGAGGACUCGUGCUCCACACGCGCCGCCGGACACGUCAUCACCUUCGAUUUCGGCAUCCUUAAGGUGGAAGGAGUGGGGAGCGACGUCGCGGCGGCGACCAGGGAGCUGUUUCCGGUGAUUGCUGGGAGUUGGCCGGUGCCGACGUUUGUGGCGAAGAAGAGCGUCGUGGAUCUCUCGCUGGAUCAUCACAGGAGCGAGAACGGUGAGGUGAAGGUGGUUCAGGUACCGCAACCGCAACAGCCUCAGGUGAAGAAGAGUAGGAGGGGUCCAAGGUCUCGGAGCUCUCAGUACAGAGGAGUCACCUUCUACAGGAGGACCGGAAGAUGGGAAUCGCAUAUCUGGGAUUGCGGGAAACAAGUCUAUUUGGGUGGAUUUGAUACCGCUCAUGCAGCUGCUAGAGCUUAUGAUCGAGCUGCAAUCAAGUUCAGGGGUCUUGAUGCUGACAUUAAUUUCAACCUUGUUGAUUAUGAGGACGAUCUGAAACAGAUGAAGAAUCUCUCCAAGGAGGAAUUCGUGCACAUACUGCGUCGCCACAGCACCGGUUUCUCAAGGGGGAGCUCAAAAUACCGUGGAGUGACACUUCACAAAUGUGGCCGUUGGGAAGCUCGAAUGGGGCAAUUCCUUGGCAAAAAGUAUAUAUAUCUUGGGCUAUUCGACAGCGAAGUAGAAGCUGCAAGGGCCUAUGACAAGGCAGCUCUCAAGUGCAAUGGAAGAGAGGCAGUGACCAACUUUGAGCCAUGUACAUAUGAAAGCGAGAUGAAACCCGAAGCUAUUAAUGAAGGUGGCAAUCACAAUCUUGACCUCAAUUUGGGUAUGGCAACCCCAGGACAUGGUCCCAAAGAUAACAGGGGUCAUCUUCAGUCCCAGCCUGUCCCUUACAACAUGCAUCCUGGAAGAAGUUCAAAGAUGGAGACAAAUGCUAAUUCAGUCAUUGGUGAUCCGUCUUUGAAAAGGCUGGUAGUUACUCAAGACCGUCCUUCUGUAUGGAAUUCCACGUACUCCCGUUUCUUUCCCACUGAGGAAAGAGCAGAGAGAAUAGGCUUAGAUCCUUCAAAAGGACAUAGCAACUGGGCGUGGCAAACGCAUGGGCAAGUGAGCGGUGCUACCCCAGUACCACCGUUCUCUUCUGCAGCAUCAUCAGGAUUCUCAAUUUCAGCUACCUUUCCACCACCCACUCCCAUCUUUCCAACAAAAUCUAUGAACUCAAUUCCACAGAGCCUCUGUUUCACUUCACCCAGUGCACCUGGUAGCAAUGCAUCUCAAUACUACUAUCAGGUGAACUCCCAGAAGGCACCAUCAUAGCCUUUCUUGUGUGAUACCGAAAUGAAUGGAUAAUUGCUACAAACCAUUGCCUUAAAAAACAUAUUGUAUAAUUCAGAUAGAGAUUGAUGUAUACUGAGAUGUGACAUCUAAUUGCACCUCUUGGUUAAAACCACUAUGAACGCCAUGUAUUAAGCAAAGAACUAUUUUGAGUGUGCAAGUUUCUCUGA